AUGUCUGUUCGUUAUCUAUCUAUCUAUCUAUCUAUCUAUCUUAUUUAUCUAUCUAUCUAUCUAUCUAUCUAUGUCUGUUCAUUAUCUAUCUAUCAUAACCAACCAUGUCUGUCAUUGACGGCCGAGAAGCGAAUUUGGGUAAAGCCGAAAGAAUUCUCAAAGCCGGGCUUUGUAAACAUGCUACUGGACAGGAAUUUAUAUGGGUUUCUUUCAUUUUUUUUACGUUCUUUUUUUUCUCUUUCUCUUCAAAUUUCUUAUACACUGUUCUGCUUUUUCGUUAUACUUUUCUGUCUUUCAUUCUUUCUUUCUUCCUUUCUUUUCAAUUUCCAAAACUUUUGUCUACUUUUUCCUGGUUUCUUUUCUCGAUUUCUUUGUGUUUUUCUUUCUUUCUUUCUUUCUUUCUUUCUUUCUUUCUUUUUUCUUUCUUUCUUUCUUUUCAAACCUGUCACGUUUUAUUCUGCUUUUUACUUUCUUUUUCGAUUUAUCUGUAAUUUACUUCUUACUUCAUUCUUCCCUUCCUUCCUUCCUUCCUUCUUUCCUUCCUUCCUUCCUUCCUUCCUUCCUUCCUUCGUUUAUUUAUGUCUUUUUAAGUUUCGAAGCCUCUGUCUAAUUUCUUUCUUUCUUUCUUUCUUUCUUUUCAAACUCGUAACUUCUUAUUUUGCUAUACAUUUUCUUUUUCACUUUAUCUAUAUUCUACUACUUCCUUCCUUCCUUCCUUUUUUAUUCCUUCCUUCUUUCCUUCCGUUGUUUAUUUCUUUCAUUUUAAGUUUCGAAGCCUUUGUCUACUUUUCCUCCUUUCAUUUCCUUUCUUUCUUUCUUUUUUUUUCUUUCUUUUUCUUUCUUUCUUUCUUUCUUUCUUUCUUUCUGCUUUCAUUCCUUUCUUCAUUUUUUCUUUUCAAGUUUCGCAUACUUUUCAAACCCAUAAAGUUUUAUUCUGCUUUUCACUUUCUUUUUCACUUUAUCUCUGUUUACCUCUUCCUUCCUUCCUUCCUUCCUUCCGUUUCAAACCCUUUGUCUACUUUUUCCUUCUUUUCUUUCUCUCUUUAUUUAUAA